AUGGCAGAUUACGACAGUGAUUCCUCCGAGCAGGAGUUCACCGAGACCAACGUGCUGCUGGGUUACGCCAGCAAAGACGCCGACGAUGACACCAUCAGUCGCCUUGGCGGUCAACCAGAAUGGUUGAACCCCGAACAACCAGCCUCAGCAGCCCUGGCGCGCUGUAAAGUGUGCAACGAGAUCAUGGUCCAGCUUCUCCAACUCAACGGCGAGCUCCCCGAAAAGUUCCCCGGCCACGAGCGCCGCCUGUACGUCUUCGCCUGCCGCAAAUCCACCUGCCGGCGCAAGCAGGGCAGCAUCCGCGCCAUCAGAGGUGUCAAGGUAUCCAAGGAAGCGCAAGCAGCGGCAGCAAAGAAGGCGGAAGCGAAGCCUCAGAAGAAGGUGGAGGAGAAGGAAGAGCCCAAGAAAGACGUCAGCUCGGGACUGGGAACCGCGCUCUUUGGCGGCGGUUCCGGUGCGGCGAACCCAUUCGGAGGCAACGCAAACCCGUUCAGCACGGGCGCCUCUUCAAGCAGCAGCCCCUUUGGCACCGCCGCCCCGUCGAACCCGUUUUCUAAGCCCGCUGCCGCCGACGAGCCUACACAGAAGAAGGAGGAGGCCAAGGACCCGGCCGAGUCCCUCCCCAAGACAUUUGCUGAGACUCUGAACCUCAACAACACGCAAACGCCGUCCGGACCGCCCCCGCCGCCGGAGCCGUGGCCCGCGGCCGACGCCCUACCUAAGCCGUACCCGAUUUCCUACCUCGCGGACGCCGAGUUCGAGACGCUCGACCCGGAACCCAUGCCCGUGCCACAGAACGCGCGGAUGGAGGUGGACACCGAGGGCGGUGGCAGCUCUGGCGGAGGCGAUAUGAAGGACGUCUUCGAGUCGUCCAUGGACGCGGCGUUUCAAAAAUUUGCGGACCGCAUGGAGCAGAACCCGGAGCAGUGUAUCCGCUACGAGUUCAACGGCACGCCGCUUCUGUACUCCAAGGCGGACGCCGUGGGCGCGAAGCUGGGCGCUGCUGCCGGCGGUGGUGGCAUGACGCGGUGCGGAAACUGUGGUGCCAGGCGCGUGUUUGAGGUGCAGAUGACGCCGCAUGCCAUCACCGAGCUCGAGGCGGAGGAGCUGUCGCUUGAGGGCAUGGACUGGGGUACCAUUAUUGUCGGCGUUUGCGAGGCGGAUUGUCAGCAGCGGGGUGUUGAUGUUGGUGAGGCUGGGUAUCUUGAGGAAUGGUGUGGUGUUCAGUGGGAGGAGCUUUCGAAGCGAUGA